AUGCUCAAGAUACAGACCGCCGCCGUGCCGCCAAGUAUCCACUCUUCGCGCACUAUCCACGACCCCUCCGGCGACUCACCGUCCGCUUCCGUGCGUAUCACUUCUGCUGCCUCCGUUCAAGCUUCCGAUCAACAAUCCUCGACAACUCGGGCUGAUCGCGCCUGGGGCCUCAUGAACGGCAUCGUCGGUACCGCCCCAAUGGGGGCCAUGUAUGUCCGCGCCCUCUACGACUACGAGGCCGACGAUCGCACUAGUCUCAGUUUCCAUGAAGGAGAUGUAAUUCAAGUCAUCACCCAGCUCGAGAGCGGCUGGUGGGAUGGCGUUAUAAAUGGUGUUCGAGGCUGGUUCCCUAGCAACUACUGCCAGCUUAUCACGAGUCCCGACGAUAUACCUGACAGCGCCCACAAUGGAACCUUUGACGCUGUCGAGGAUGAUGCCGAAGACCCUGAGAUGUAUGACGACCAAUAUGACCAAGACGAUGACUCCGAACAAGACGGCCCUAUCGCGUUGCCCCUCGAGGGGACCGACGGAGGAGAUAGUUCGAGGGCCGACUUUUGGAUCCCACAAGCUACUCCCGACGGGCGCUUGUUCUAUUACAAUAUGAUGACAGGAGACCGCAGCAUGGAACUGCCCCUGGAGUCUCCCGUAUCUUCAAACGAGACUGGCCCGCGAGAUCGAAUGAACGUCAAUAUCCCCGACAAAACCAGGCCGCCCCCUGAGAUGAUGGCCCGUGGCUUGACUCAAGAUGAGGACGACGAGUAUCUGACGUCCGCAUCCGAGGCCGAGGGCGACUCAUCUAGACUGGCCUCACGCCGUUCCAAGGUACACAGCGAGCUACAUACUAAACGCGCCUCUUUCGGUGCCUUAUCCCCAUCAACCUCUAUGGACUCCAUCAACGGCGCAUCGCCUGUUGGCCGUCUGCGAAAUGGUGCCUCGUCCAAUGGCCAUCUUACUGCAGGACAGGUCCCUAAUAUAGCAUCCGCUACCUCUUUUACUAGCACUACCUAUAACUUACCGACCACAGCUACAGUUCCUCGAUCGUUUUUCGACGACGGCUCUACGCCUUCACUCAGCUGGACUCUUCUUGUCUCUAAUAUGCGACGUGCUAUUGAUCGGUAUCGGGAAGCCAUCAUGAACAAUAACCGCUCAGAAUACGUAGCAAAAGCCGAAGACAUAUCUGACCAUCUACGACUGCUACUCGCUGCUGGGUCAGGGACUACCGAUAACCACUCUGGCCAGCCAUCUAUCAUUUCAACGAACAAGGCCCUCUACCCCCACUUCCGAGACAUGAUGUCCAAAUUCUCCAAGCUCGUAAUCUCUUCUCACAUAGCAGCUGCAGACUGGCCCAAUGCCGAAUCCAUCCAGAAGUGCCUUCAGGAAGCUGACGGAGUUCUCAUGGGCGUAUACAGCUAUGUGGAAGUGGCUCGACAACAACGAGGCGAGGAGAUUCCUCGACUCUUCCCAGGCUUUGUGAUUGGUAGCAACACAGGUGGGAGUUGGCAAAACAACGGCCUGGGCCCUCGAGAUGAAAUCACGGCCAACUUCCUCGAAGAUGAAGAGGGCGUCGUGGAGCCAACUGCAAUUCUCGACAACAAGAUGCUCGAGCGACUGGACGAACAGAAGCGCAUUUUGGUAUCCAGCAUCCGAGAGCUCGACAAGAGCUUGGUCGUCCUAGAGAAAAUAGUUACACCCUACAGGCAUGAAGUUAUCGGAAACAAUGUUUGUUUUGCCGGUGGUAGGGUACUGGAUACAUUCAGACAAUGGAUUGCCAUGAUUGAAUCGAUCGAUCUGUCUUCCCUUGGCAACAGCUUUCAGACGCCUCAAUUAGCUGACCUCGGAACACACAAGCAGAGCCUUUACGACAAUAUCUCUGAUCUUAUUCUUGGAUGCCAAGCUGUCGCCGGACCCUUGGCUGAUGAAUGGUCCGAAGUCCGUGGUGAAGCACUGGAGAAUCGGCUGGAAUAUGUCAGACAAUGUGCCAGAGCCCUGGAAACCAACUCUUCACAUAUCGGAUUCUCACUUCAACUAUUGUCUGAACAGGUUCAAAUUAACAUGCAACAACAUCAGGCUGAAGUACGACCUCGGGAGAAUUCCUUUGUCCGAAGCACCCUGCAACGAGGCGAGACAAUGCCUUAUGACCGACCGCACCAGCGAACAGAAUCAAGGACUGCUCCUGUACGACCACCACUUAUUACAUCACAAUCUUUCACCGAAGGCGAGCCUGCUCCUGGCAAUAUGCGACGAGGCGAUUAUUCCAAGGUUAAGAAGAUAUUUGGCGAAGAUCCUUCGCCUCAGGUUCCCGUGACCGAAGAUACACCAGAAUUCUUACUCCUAGAUUAUGAACAUGAAGUCUCCUGGGAUAGCAAGACCUCACCACCUACUGUCAAGGGAGGAUCCCUCCUCGCUCUUGUUGAACAGUUAACUCGCCACGAUAAGCUCGAUUCGAACUUCAACAAUACCUUUCUUCUCACUUACCGAUCAUUCACAACAGCUCGGGAACUUUUCGAGAUGCUUAUCAAACGAUUCAACAUCCAACCGCCAGAAGGUCUAUCACAGGCGGAUUUCGAGAUUUGGAGGGACCGAAAGCAAAAGCUUAUUCGCUUCCGUGUUGUUAACAUUCUAAAGAAUUGGUUCGAUAAUUUCUGGAUGGAGGAUUAUAACGACGAGUCAAAACAACUUGUUCGAGAUGUCUACAGUUUCGCCAAAGACACGGUCAAGUCUACAGAAACUCCUGGUUCAGCGCCCUUAAUGGCGGUCCUUGAUCAGAGGCUCAGUGGAAAGGAGGCUGGCGCUCGCAGGAUGAUUCAAACUGUGAACCAGAACACGCCAACACCGAUCAUGCCUAAGAACAUGAAGAAGCUCAAGUUCUUGGAUAUUGAUGUCGUUGAGUUUGCCCGCCAGCUCACCAUUGUCGAAUCUCGCUUGUACGGCAAGGUCAAGGCGACAGAAUGUCUGAAUAAGACGUGGCAGAAGAAGGUCCCCGAGGGUGAGCCCGAUUUGGCCCCCAACGUUAAAGCACUCAUCCUCCACUCUAACCAGAUGACCAACUGGGUUGCUGAGAUGAUUUUGGCGCAAAUGGAAGUCAAGAAGCGAGUGGUUGUUAUCAAGCACUUCGUUUCUGUUGCUGACCGUUGCCGCUCCCUGAACAACUUCUCAACAUUAACAUCGAUUAUUUCCGCAUUGGGCACUGCACCCAUCGCUCGUCUUAAGCGAACAUGGGACCAGGUACCCCAACGUACACACGCUACAUUAGAAUCGAUGCGGCGGGUGAUGGCAAGCACCAAGAACUUCGGAGAGUACCGAGAGGCUCUUCAUGCAGCCAACCCCCCUUGUAUCCCUUUCUUCGGUGUCUAUCUAACUGAUCUGACGUUCAUUGAGGAUGGCAUUCCGUCCAUCAUCAAGAAGACUAACCUCAUUAACUUUGCUAAACGUGCCAAAACUGCUGAGGUCAUUCGCGAUAUCCAGCAGUAUCAGAACGUGGGGUACUCUCUGCAACCAGUGCCUGAGCUGCAAGAUUACAUCUUAAACAACAUGCAGGCUGCUGGGGAUGUUCACGAGAUGUAUGACAAGAGUUUGCAAGUUGAGCCUCGUGAGCGAGAGGAUGAGAAGAUUGUGAGUUUUGCACAAUGA